AUGCCCGCGUCGGGCCAGAUGAAGGAUCAGCUGCCCUACCGCUCAGGGCCGAACAAGCCAGUGGUGGGGCACCUGACGCACAUGAACCGCCACGUGCCGGUGACGCUGCUGGCGACCUACAGCGACGGGCUGUGCGACUUGGAGGUCACCGAGCUCUUCAUCCAGAAGUGGGCCAAGCAGCAGCACCGCAGGUUCGCCUUCCCGGGCACGCUGCACUCCACUGGGGAGCCGGGCUCGGAGCGCUUCAUCCUGCGGCAGGUGCCGCAGGCGCUGCUCAGCGCGGAAGCCUAG